AAUGCUAGGCCGUUCUUAUUAUACAUCAGUGUGCUGGGCAGGGUUUGUGAAUUAACGGGCGUACUGUUGCAGUUAUUUUAAUCGCUUCGAUCAAAACAGUGAUUUAUCGACUACACUUCAGGCCUCGGCCUCAAGGUGGGGCAGAACAAAGUAGGUGGUGGGGCAGGAAGGCCUGGCCCCCCCAUCCUGACAAGAGGCCAGCCCCAGCUUCUGCUCCAGUAGCCCAUAGCCUCUUGAGGAGCAAGCAGGGACCAUGAGCACAGGCAAACCCAGUGGAAUCAAGCCUCCCAGCAAGAUAAGCAGGCCAACUGGAUUACCGACACGCACCUCCCCUUCCUCUACUGCUCCAAAGCCUGUUCCUCCUGAGAAGUCUCCCACCCAGGAUGGAGAAAUGGACUACCAGGUGGGGGAGAAGGUGUGGGUCAACGGCAACAAGCCAGGAUAUGUCCACUUCCUGGGGGGAACGCAGUUUGCCCCAGGCCAGUGGGCUGGCAUCGUCCUGGAUGAGGCCAUCGGAAAGAAUGACGGGUCGGUGGCAGGGGUCCAGUACUUCCAGUGCGAGGAUGGCAGAGGAAUAUUCACACGACCCUCCAAGCUGACCAAGACGGCUAUGCCAGAGAUGGAGGCCAACUGUGGGCAGUCUAACCCUGGCGAGACAGGGGCAAACUCCCCUACCACUGCUGCUGCUGGGGCUGCUAAUACCACUGGUAACAGCACCAAGACACCGCUGAGCAGAACCAUGACGGGCAGUGGGUCAGUGUCCAACCUCUCUGAGACAGACUCAGCCAAGAAGACCAGAAGAGAAUUGAGACUGGGAGACCGCGUGCUGGUGGGGGGUAAUAAGUCGGGGGCGGUGAGGUUCAUGGGGGAGACAGAGUUUGCCAAGGGGGAGUGGUGUGGAGUGGAGCUGGACGAACCACUUGGGAAGAAUGAUGGAGCCGUGGCUGGAUCCAGGUAUUUCCAGUGUCUGCCGCGGUACGGCCUGUUUGCGCCGGUCCACAAGGUGAGUCGUAUCGGCUUCCCCAGCACCCUGGCUAAAGCCAAGGACUCCUCACGGAGACGCUCCACCAUGAAGAGGAGUCCCAGCGCCUCCUCCUUGAGCUCCCUGAGCUCUGUCACCUCCUCUGUCAGUGGGAAACCCAGCCGCACUGGCCUGCUGACCGAGACCUCGUCGCGGUAUGCUCGUAAGAUCUCUGGCACUACAGCGCUACAGGAAGCCCUGAAGGAGAAGCAGCAGCACAUCGAGCAGCUAUUGGCCGAGAGGGACAUGGAACGCGGGGAGGUCGCCAAGGCAACCAGCCAUGCUGGGGAGGUGCAGCAGGAACUGUCACUGCUCACGAAGGUACAGGGGCAGUAUGCUAUGGAGAUGGAGGCUAAGCUAGAUCAACUGCGUGAACUGGUGGAAACAGCAGACAGAGACAAGGUGGAGCUGCUGAACCAACUGGAGGAAGAGAAGAGGAAAGUGGAAGACCUGCAGUUCACUGUGGAGGAAGCUUGCAUCACUAAAGGUGACCUAGAGACGCAGACCAAACUGGAGCAUGCCCACAUUAAGGAGCUUGAGCAGAGCCUUCUGUUUGAAAAGACCAAAGCUGACAAACUGCAGAGGGACUUAGAGGACACUAGGGUGGCCACAGUGUCUGAGCGGUCUAGGAUCAUGGAGCUGGAGAGAGAGGUAGUGGUGCUGCAGUUGAGACUACAGUCCUCCCAGCAGACAGAGGGCGCUGUGUCGCUGUCACCAGAGGAGCUCAGCGACCUCAAGGCCAGGUCCCAGUCCCAGGAGAAGAAGAUCUGCGAAAUUAGUGUGGAGCUGGACAACAGGCAGGAACAGCUUCGCUCUGUGGAGGAGGACAAAAUCUCCCUGGAACAGCAGCUAACCAGCCUGAGACAGAAACUGGACGCUGCAGAGAAAGACAACAAGACGAUGGCACAAACCAUGCAUGAGCUGGAGAAGAGAGUGGAGCAGGCGGGAAAAGAGAGGGAGGCACAGAGAGAAGAGAACCAACGCAAAGAGAAAGAGCUUCAGGAUAGACUGACGCAGGCUGCUGAGUCGUCAGAGAGGACCACCCACUCCGUGGAGCAGCUGACCAAUGAGAAGACAUCGCUGGAGGCUCAGCUCGAGGCGCUGAAACAGCAGAAUUCCAAAUUCCAGGAAGAACUCAGUCUCUCGCAGGAGCGGAGCAGCACGCAAAACCAGCGCAUCGGAAAUCUGUGCAAGGAAAUUGAGGAACUGAAGCUGAACAGUCAUAAGUCUCAGUACCAGCAAGACAUGAAAGACAGGGAAACUCUAUCCAACCAGGAGACAGGGGAGGAGAGAAACUUCCAGAAGACAGAUAAGGACAAGGAGCUGGAGACUCUGAGGAAUGAGAUUGUGGUGCUGCGAGGUGAGAACGUCAUGGCCAAGACGCUGCAGUCUGCCGUUGAGGCGCUGGAGAGAGACAAGGCCCAACUACAGGGAUGUGUCACCAGCCUGGAGCAGAGGCUCAUGGGACAGCAGGCCUCCGAGGGAGGGGACAGUGGAAUGCCUUCCUCAGGUGAUGCAGUUCUGGACCAGCUGAGAGAAGAGAAGGAGUUUGCAGAGGGACAGAUUAACUUCCUGAACAGUGUGAUUGUGGACCUGCAGAGGAAGAACGAGGAGUUGAAGGUGAAGCUGAAGAAGAUGGUUCUGGCUGAGUUCAAUGGCAAUGACGGCACUGACGGUUUGGAAGAGUGUGGAUCUAAGAAGGACAAGAAGGCUCCUCCUCGUCUGUUCUGUGAUAUCUGUGACUGUUUCGACCUCCAUGACACCGAAGACUGUCCGACCCAGGCCCAGAGCCCUGACUCAGUGCCCCACUCUUCCUUCAAGGGCAAGCCAGCCGACCAGCGGCCGUACUGCGACAUCUGUGAGGCCUUUGGUCACUCCACAGAGUCCUGCCAAGAUGAUCAGACCUUCUAGACUCGCUCUCAUCCACAGUAUCCCACCCCUGCCCUGCACAGACCGCCAAACACCGACCAGACUCCCUCUGGGUUUUUAUAUUGUAUUUAUGUAUGUCACUCACUGUCAUAGACCCCUUAGGUAACUCAAAAUCCCCCGCUACCUAAGACUCUCCUAUUACUUAUACUACUUCCUCUCACAAACGUUUCUCUCCUCCCUCACCAACUCUCCUUUCCUCACUCUCCUCUCAAACUCUCCUCCCUCACCAACUCUCCUUUCCUCGCUCUCCUCUAACUCUCCUCCCUCACCAACUCUCCUUUCCUCGCUCUCCUCUCAAACUCUCCUCCCUCACCAACUCUCCUUUCCUCGCUCUCCUCUCAAACUCUCCUCCCUCACCAACUCUCCUUUCCUCGCUCUCCUCUCAAACUCUCCUCCCUCACCAACUCUCCUUUCCUCGCUCUCCUCUCAAACUCUCCUCCCUCACCAACUCUCCUUUCCUCGCUCUCCUCUCAAACUCUCCUCCCUCACCAACUCUCCUUUCCUCGCUCUCCUCUCAAACUCUCCUCCCUCACCAACUCUCCUUUCCUCGCUCUCCUCUCAAACUCUCCUCCCUCACCAACUCUCCUCCCUCACCAACUCUCCUUUCCUCGCUCUCCUCUCAAACUCUCCUCCCUCACCAACUUUCCUCCCUCACCAACUCUCCUCUCCUCUCUAACUCUCCUCCCUCACCAACUCUCCUUUGCUCAUUCUCCUCCCUAUAACUCUCCUCUAACUCUCCCCCCUCCCUCUCUCUAACUCUCCCCCACUCCCUCUCUCUAACUCUCACCCCUCCCUCUCUCCCCUCCCUCUCUAACUCUCCCCCUCCCUCUCUCCCCUCCCUCUCUCUAACUCUCCCCCCUCCCUCUCUCUCUCUCCUCCUCUCCCUAACUCUCCCCCUCCCUCUCUCUCCCCCUCCCUCUCCUCUAACUCUCCCCAACUCUCCCCCUUCCUCUCUCUAACUCUCCCCCCUCCCUCUCUCUAACUCUCCUCCCUCUCUAACUCUCCCCCCUCCCUCUCUCUAACUCCCUCUCCGACAUGUAAUAUCCAUGUUAGGAACUAAAGGAAUUAGUCUUCUGUUAUUAGUUCAUAAAGGAAUCAUCUCCUGUUAUUAGUUCAUGAAGGAAUAAUCUCCUGUUAAUAGUUCAUAAAGGAAUAAUCUCCUGUUAUUAGUUCAUUCUUUUAUUUUUUUUUGCAUACAGCAUGGGUUGGAUUUUGACUUCAGUUCUCACAGGAAAUAAACGUCCUAUAUGUAACCGGGCAAGAGGGAAGGCAUUUGACGAUGCAGACGUACGUGAAGGUGAAGGGCCUGGAUGCACCAGAGUGGUUCACUGCUAAUAGCACAAUUAAUGAUGAAUGUUUCUCCAACACAUUCCUGUCUUUCACAUGUCACGUUCCCAAGUCAGUGUGCUGUGUCCAGACCCUGACCUGUGUAUUUAUUUAUUUAACCCUUAUUUUACCAGGUGAGUUGACUGAAAACACGUUCUCAUUUACAGUAACAACCUGGGGAAUAUAGUUACAGGGGGGAGGGGGGGUGACCCUAUGGAUGUCCCCUCCACAAAGGGAACAGGGUAAUACCACAGGACACACAGUCUACCUGUACUACCAGGUUGUGUUCAGCAGGCACAAAAUGAUAGAGGACAUUUUGGAACUAAGGAGGUAUUUUGGGAAAUUCUCCACAAAAAAACGCACAUGUUGUUUUAAUGCCUACUGAACAUCAACCUGGUGCUUGUGGCGGGCGCUCAUCCGAACUAAGGCAACCGAACGCCAGCCACUUAACUUGUUGUUGCACUACUCACUUUAAAACUCCCUCUUAGAAUCCAGGACCCACUUAGAAACUGCCAUGUUAAAUGAAAAAACAAACUUGUUGAUUUGAUAAGAAAUGUCGAGACAGAAAACAACUUAGUUACUGUCACCUUUUUAUGUGCUGCCUGUGUAUUUUAUGUAUUGUCUUUUUAAAAACGACCUGUCCUGUAAUAGAUAUACGUGUACUAGAGCUAUGUACUGAAGCACACAGUUUGGAUCAUAUUGAAUCGCCCGGUGUAACAAAGCUACGUAUGAUAGAUCUAUGUGACUAACCAAUGACACCGGCCUUUGUAAAUAACCAUCAGAAGUUUUCUGAAAAACUAAAUGUGCACAAUGUGCCAUGGAAACAAAAAGGAUAUUUUACGUGUAUUUUAUUUUUCUGCUCUGCACGUUGGACCGACUCCAGGGAACAAACGUAACGCAGUUGUAAUGAUGUUAUUAACUCUAUAAGCACAUUGUGGACUGUUUACUAAGUGACGUGACUGUUUAGUGCACUGUUUUCUGUUUCAAAUAGCGUUAAGGCAUCGUCUAUAAAGGCUUUAUAAAGGGUUUGUUCAAUCGGUAGACUGUUAUAAACCCUUUACAGAUGAGGACCCUACUGUAAAGCGGUACUGGUUUUCUAUGUUGUGUACCAAAAAAAAUACAAUAAAAACAAAUACUCUA